AAUGGGCUGGGUAAAUCCACAUUGAUGAACACACUUUUUAAAUCUAAAGUGAGUCGCAGAUCUUUGAUGACAACAGAGGAAGACCGAAUUCCCAAGACAAUUGAGAUCAAGUCCAUCAGUCAUGAUAUCGAGGAGAAAGGAGUGAGAAUGAAGCUGACUGUCAUUGACACUCCAGGUUUCGGAGACCAGAUAAACAAUGAGAACUGCUGGCAGCCCAUCAUGAAGUUCAUUAAUGCACAGUACGAACAGUAUUUACAGGAAGAGAUCAACAUCGAAAGGAAGAAGAGGAUUCCAGACUCACGAGUCCACUGCUGCAUAUAUUUUAUUCCUCCUACUGGACACUGUCUGCGGCCAAUUGACAUUGAGUUUAUGAGACACCUAAGUAAAGUGGUGAACAUCGUUCCUGUUAUCGCCAAGGCAGACACACUCACCCUGGAGGAGAGAGAUUUCUUCAAACAGAAGAUAAGAGCGGACUUGCGAGCCAAUGAAAUUGAUGUCUAUCCUCAAAAAGAGUUUGAUGAGGAUGCAGAGGACAGAAUUGUUAAUGAGAAGAUCAGGGAGAUGAUCCCAUUUGCUGUGGUGGGAAGUGAUCAAGAAUAUCAGGUCAACGGAAAAAGACUUCUGGGCAGGAAAACAAGAUGGGGGACAGUAGAAGUUGAGAACACCGCACACUGCGAGUUUGCCUACUUGCGGGACCUGCUCAUCAGAACUCAUAUGCAGAACAUCAAAGAUAUCACAAGCAGCAUCCAUUACGAGAUGUACCGCGUACGCAGACUCAAUGAGAAUAACACGCAACCAAACGGGCAGACAGCAAUCCACGCUAAUAGUGUACCUGAGCAUGAAGUCCUCUCCCAUGAGAUGUAGAUGUCUGUCUGACCAUCCACCCAUCCAUCAAUCAGUCCGUCCAUCUCUCUUCUUUUUUUUCAAUCCCUCAAUUUUCAAUAGUCUCUUCCUCGGUUUAUUCUGACUGGCUGUGUCUGUUGACUAUUGUUUUUUAACACCAAAAAAAUAUUUCCGAUCUGUGGAUAAUGAAACUUUAAGCGUGUAGCAAAAUGUGAUGUUCUGUAAUGAGAGUUUCAUUAAAGAUGUGUUACUAGCUCUGCAAAAUGACAUCUGUCAGAAGUUCAACAUACUUAACAUGCUUAAAGCUCUCUCACUUAAUCAUUACAAAUAAGUGGUUAAAUUGCAACUUGAAUAAAAUCCUACUUUAUGGCUAUUGGGUAUUAAAAUGAAGGGCUCUAAAGCAUAAAAAUCCAAAUAAAUCAUGUUUUUCACUAUUUAAAAAUAUAAUGAAACAAAGACAAGUGGAAAAGGAUCCAUAGUAUAUUACAGGACUUCUGACUGUGUAGUCACACACUUUUAGGCAAGAGUUUUGAUGUUGAUUAAAGCGUUGUAAGAGUAACAUUUUAGUUGAGUAUAACCAUAGUGCAGUUUUAGUGUCCCCCGUUUUGUAGUGACUUUGCCCUGUGUGGUAUCUUUACCAAUCUGUAAAAUUCUCAUGUACUUGUUGCCAUGCCAUGUUUUCUUUUUUUCAAGCAUUGUUCAUUUAUUUUGUCAUAAUAAUUAUUGUUGUGCUUUUUAAUUGUAAAGGCCUUGACAUUAAUUGUUCUUUUUGUUUUUUAUUUGUAAAGUGUUAUGUAUUUAUAUGCAGCAUCAUGUUACCCAAAUGUUAUAGUGUGGCCUUUGUAGGUCAAAUGUUUAGAUUUCCAGAAUAGCACCACGGUGACCCAAAGCACCUGUACUUAACCUUUUUUUUUUUCCUCUUUUUUUUUUUUUUUGCAACUGUCAGUAUUUACUAAAGCAAGUCCUGAGCCAUUCUGUUCUCUAUCUAUAUUCUAUAAUAUACAUGUGACCAUGAUUUGUUGAUAGAUGUAUUUCAUGUUGUCAGUGGAAAAUUAUGCAGUUGACUCCCGCAAAUGUUUUUGGACACUUAAGCCACACUUAAAAAUGCAUGGAUGUCUUUGCAUUAUAUCCAGUAGCAAAAUAUCAAAACACAUGGCAUCUCAAGCACGCUAAUUUAUAAAGGUUUUUCUUUCCUCGAAUAAAGUGUUAGAACACUUAUAAAAUGUUAAUGGAGCAUGUUAUUGUGAUGAACUAAUAUACAUGUGAACAAGAGGGGAGCAGAUUUUAUACAUUCACUAAAUCUGACCUUGAGAUCUGUUAUUUAAAAGUAAUUACAGAAAUAGGUAAGAAAUGUGAAGUUUUGCCAUUGCAAUUUAGUUAAAUGUUUUGGAUUUGACAGUUCAUACAUUUUUAUGUGUGACUAAAGUGUCCAAAAUUGUACAAAUAUUUUCUGGGCUAAUAUUUGAACAAUAUGGGAGAAGUUGAUAUAUGCUAGCCAUUUUUAAUAUAUGAGACAUAUACUAACCAUUUGUCUAUUUAAAGGAAUAGUUCUGACCAUGUGGAUGCCAUUUAUAUCUUAGCCUAUUUGCAGAUGACCUGUCACUUAUUUUUCUUAUGUACAGUUGUUGUUUUUUACCAAAAGAUUAUGCAUACUGAUUAAAAAUGGGGACAGUUUUGAUUCUAGUCUCAGGUUCCACAAUCCCACCCAGUGCUGCCUAAUGAUUUACAUAACAAUUGAAAAAAAUGACAUGGUUGUCUCAGUCCUGGCUGUCAGAAAAUUCUUGGUGUCAAUCAUUUUAUUUUGCAGCCAUAAUAAAGGGAAACCACAUCCUAAUCUCAAAGACUUAUAAUGUUCCAUUCAACCAAUAUUGAGCAAUGUCAUGUCCCGAAUGGCCAGAAAUAUGAUUAAAACAGAUUAUUUUAUGAAUAUUGUACACCCAUUGUAUUUUGUUGUAGUAUAAGGUAAGAAUUAUCUUAUUAUUGUAGAUUUGGAAAAAAUAAAGAUUGCUAUUUUUUA